GGAGAGGUCCGAUUCGCUCGAUAAGUAGACCAAGUGCCCCCACGCCCCUUUUUAUCCUCUGGAGGACUAUGAGAAGAGUGUCGAAUUUGGUCAACUAAACAUGGAAUUGAAUUCGCUACGUGAGGCUUAUUUGAUCGAUUACUCGUUUCGUAAUGUUUAUGUUGUUACGCAUUCUGAUGUAGGUGGGUCCAUGUGGCAUUCCAGUAACUUUGAGAAAAACGAUUUUAUUUCAGAGUUGUGUCCGUCGUUCACACGCGAAUCUGCCCUCUCAUUGGCUAGAAUGUUCCCACCUGAUCGCGCCUCCAUUCUACCUUUGCGGACAUGACAUCCAUUGUUAGAGCGGUCAGUCGACUAUCUUGUCAAUAUAGAUAAUAUUUGAUUUAAUACAUGUCUUGACUCCCUCCCCUUUAUGUGCUGCGCCAUUUCGUGCAGGGUGUAACCAGUUUCUUAUAGCUACAAGAAGAGUACCUCAGCACUAUAUUGACAUUUUGCUGAAAUAAGUCAUUUUAACCUUUAAGCUCCUGGUGAGUAUUUUGAUUCAAGACUGUUUUGAUUUUUUUUUUCUCUGACUGCAAUAUCUUUGGAAUUUUAAUUUUUUAACCCCAUUUAUUUUUCUAUUUGAGCGAGCGGUUAGCUAUCACAGAGUUUCUAAACAUACUGAUGUACUUACUGACUUUGGUUCCAUUAGCGUUUUAGCUAGCUAGUUGGUCCGGCAAAAUGCUGGCUAGAAGGAUCCUUAACAUUUUUGUUAGCUUUUUUUGCCAUCUCUUUUGUUGUCUUGCAAAUUGAGUUCAUGAUUGUGUAAGCCGAGCUAGUUACAUUUUUAUGACUAUCUGCGAAUAACGCGCUCUGUCUGGACAAUAACGCGCUGCACUGCAGCCGUUUUGCAGCUAACGUUAGUUUGGCUGGUUAACUUUAGCUUGCAGCAUAGCUAACUAGUUAACCUUGUGGAAUCUGUUUUUAACGCUAACAUUUUUUUUACUAGCAAUCUUCCCGGUUGAACCUUGAUUUUGGCCGGUGGUGGUUUUUACAUUUUUGUGAUUGAUUAGCUGGUUUUGAAGUCCUUGGAUAUCCACAGAAAGACUGAUACAGGAACACUAUUUUUGUGGGAAUUAUUUUUUUCUGCAAGAAAUGCUGGUUGGCCACCUUUCUCUGGACACGUUUUUCACAUAGUUACGUCAUUUAUAUUUUACUUCGAUAAUAUUAACAAUGUGGCAGAAAACACAAGGACAUGUGUACUUUUUGUUACCACUAAUUAAACGUUACUUUAUGAAUAAUGCAGUUAUGUACUCUGUCCUUACUCAGUCUCUUUGCUAGACCCUAAACCAAGGUAUAGCUAGCUACAUCACAGCUUUUAUAUUAAUGUUGUAUUACAGUGUGCAGAUUGUGAGUUUACUUAGAUCUUCCUGGCUAGGGGUGUGUUUUUCAAACUGUUCCAGAUGGAAUAGUAAUUAUUUUAAUAUACCUGAUUUGAUCAAGUUGCAUCGUAGACUAAAAACUAGUGCUAAAGAUAUCGGUAGGUGCAGCUCAAACGACAUUGACUGUCCACUCUCCAUUAUGAUAAUAGCUAGUACAGUAGUUACAUUUACUUUGGAAGUGGUGCUUUCCCUCAGGCCCCUCCCUGCCAGAGACCUCGGCAUUGAUUGAUCAGGUUGUUGGUGUGUUUAAUUACUGGGACAAGCGAGGAAAAAGUUCCACUUUAUAUUUGUCAUACUAAUUGUUAUUUGAAACGGUAUUUUGUAGUACACGUUUAAGCUAGAAGUGUAAUUCGAACUUUAAAAUGUGCGUAGAGGUCAGGACCAUUGUGCCUUGUAGACAACUUUUUUGAUAUCUUUUAUACUUUUAUGAAUUACUUGUGUGCCCCCUGGCAGGAUUGAAAUGAACCCAACUUUCAUUUACCUUGUGAAAUACUUAGGUACAAAACUCUGUUUUGGAUGAGACUUUGCUUUAUGACCAAUUAUCCUAUUUACACGUAGUCAAUUUGUAGUGUUUCUGACUCGUAUCUAUUCCUCAUAUGCUGUUAUCUAAAUGAGGUUUUAGGAGCAAUUGCUCUUAGCUUUUUGUCCAAUUUUUAAAGGGAUUUAUUUCUUCAACAUUCUAACAUGAUGACUAAACCGUCUCAGUGUGUGCAUGUUGAUUUGUCUCCCCCUAGACACAUUCAUGGACAUUUAGUUAGCUUGCUGUUGCGUAAUAAUUUGUCCUGGGAGAUAAACAUUGGGUUGUUUUACCUGCACAUUAGGGAUGCAUCGAUAUAUAUAUAUAUAUAUAUAAUUUUUUUUAACCGAUAUCCAAUAUUUUCCUCGGCAAAAAAACAAUACCGAUUUUAUUUCAAAUUUAGUUGGUUGAAACGUUCUGAUCAAAAAUUUGUUUUGUUGGCAUUUACGUAUGUCCCCAUUACCAGUAAAACAAUCAACCUAUUUAUUUCAAUUACUUGCUGUUUCAUUGUUCAUUUGUUCAGUCGCAAACCAAGAUUUCAAGCAGUAAAGUUUCAGGUUUGUCCGUGGCCUCUUCCUCGGUGUCACUGUCCGUUUCCAUCUUCCAGCUGUGUAACAUUUCAUGUAAACCCUGGUUCUUACAUUGAAGUAGCGGUCCUUGUACCUAGCAUCAAACAUGGUGGCGACACCGUAAAGAGGCUGAGACAACGCCACGGAAUCGCUUGUUUGCAGCCUCUGGUAGAGUACUUUUGCAAUUUGUGAUAACUAAGUUUUGAGCAGGCAUUUCAAUACCAUGACCGAGGAUAUCACAUCUGCUGCAGACGCAGUUGUUUGAAUGGAGCUAGCGUGUUCAUGUUCUCAAAUGCCAUUGAAAUGGCAGCAGCGGUAUGAGAACCAGCACAUUCUUGAGUAUGCAUACAGCUUUCCUCAGUACGAAAUCCUCGUCGACCUACUGUGCUCUCAGGCUCAGCAUGCUCACGGGGGUGACAAUCGCUGGUCUAGAUGUCAGUCAUGAAGCUAAUAGCGGUGACACCCAUAGCAUGUAGCUCAUGGGUGUGCUUUCCAAAAAUACUGUGACAGUCCGGUUGAGCAACAUCUGAAAAAUAGCGCCUAAUUGGUAGUGUGUACCGGGGCUCGAGGCCAGUUGGCGAAAGCCAACAUCACCCACGACAGAGAACGGUUGAUUGUCAAGGACAAUUUUUUUUUUUUGCUGAGUCUUUGUAGAAUUUGACUCAUUUUCAGUCACGCCAUGUGUUCUCUACUCAAACAAUUAAUCCACAGAUAAAAUGGGAAACCUAGUUAGUUUUUAGUUUCCUUGAUUAAUCUCUCCUCGUUCAUUCUUCUGUAGAUUUUAUAUGGCUGUUGGCAACAAACUUGAAGGUAUAUUACCGCCAGCCACCGACUGGCGCGUGGACCUCGUUAAUCUUUCUAUCACUCACGUGGGUAGCCUAUAUGCUCAAAAACCAAUGAGUAGAUGGAAGAGGUAGAUGGAAGAGGCGGAACUUGCACCGCACUAGUGCCUGACUACACAGACUCCUGCAAGCAUUUUGGAUUAAAUGAUUGAAUAACGUGAAUUUAUUUUGCAAGCUAUAACACCGCAGGUGGUCUGUAUAAGUCGUGGGGGCGAAGUUCAGCGUUCUGAGAGGGUGCUGAUGAAGUUGUAGUUUUUGCUGAGAGCACCCAAGACACCAGCCCGCACACACUGGCCCUGCGCUCAGUGUCAGAACUGACUGACAGACAGACGAUCGCCCUGCACACAGACGCUAUGGAUCUGUCCCCCACCACCAGCAGCCUGAUGGCCAGCAACGUGACCAACAAGACGGACCCGCGCUCGCUGAACUCGCGGGUCUUUAUCGGGAACCUCAACACGCUCCUGGUCACCAAGGCAGACGUGGAGGCAAUCUUCAGCAAGUACGGCAAGAUCGUGGGCUGUUCUGUGCACAAGGGCUUUGCCUUCGUACAGUUCGCCAACGAGAGAUGUGCCCGGGCCGCUGUAGGGGCUGAGGAUGGACGCAUGAUCGUGGGACAGGUGCUGGACAUUAACUUGGCUGGAGAACCCAAACCCCACAGGUCAAAGACCGCAAAGCGCUCGGCGGGAGAAAUGUACAGGUCUGAUUCAAUUAGUCCCACGUUUGAUCUGGACUAUGACUUCCAGAGAGAUUACUAUGACCGAGUGUACUCGUACCCAUCCCGUGUGCCCCCUCCUCCUCCACCCUUGUCCCGAGCUGUGAUCCCGUCCAAGCGCCCGCGGAUCAGCAUGACUGGAGGGGGCAGCCGCCGCAGCAAGGCCAGUUUCUCCUCUUCCUCCAAGAGUAGCCAGAGGGCAUCCUCAAGAACAAUGAAAACAGAUGACCUGCAGACCAUCAAGAAGGAGCUGACAAUGAUUAAACACAAAGUAGACUACCUGCUGGAGAGCCUAGACCGCAUGGAGAAGGACCACAGCAAGAAGUCAGAUGAGAAGGGUGCAAAGCCUGAGCCUGGACAGGUGUCCUCACAGCAGCACUGCAACAUCAAGAAGGAGGAGAGCAUCAAGAGGGAGAGGGAGGAUCUCAAUGACUCUGAGGAGGAGGGGGAUCUGCUGGAAGAGGAGGAGCGCCUAAUAUGCUCUCGCAGGUGAAGAAUCAACAAAGAGAGGAGGAGGAGGAGGAGGAGGAUGAUGAUGAGGAGGAGGAAGGAGAGCAUGUGGAUGGAGACGACGAUGGUGACAGUGUCAACGGAGACGAGGACUCUUAGACCACACGUAGACUGAUGCACACUUGUACAGACAACGCAUCCACAUGGCUUCCAGUGGCUCCUCCGACUCCUAUUUUAAUACCCACACUACUCCGAAACGUGAGAAAACGUCAAUGCACACACUCAGAGAACACCUGCCCCGUCUACCACCCUUCCAUUGUCCCACAGGUCUUUUUAUUUUUCUUGGUGCAAUUUAGUUUAUCCUUGUUUCAUCUCACUCCUAUCAUUGUGUUAUUCAUUUAGCAUGGUCUUGCAGCCAGGUACAUUGAAACGAGAUGUAGAUGGCGAGCGUUAUGAAGUGAUUUGUUGUGCUGCUGUUGCUCUUUUGACCAGCAUAGAGCAGAAAUGGCUGUUCUCUGACCUGAGCCACAAGUCAAACCACCACAUUGGCUUUACUAGCAUUGGCAAUCAAUCAAUGACAACAACUAAAGAUUGAGUGAACGUUUGAAGAAAAAAAUUGUCCACUUGAGUUUGUAUGUUCCUGAUUUUCAUGUCAUUACUCUUUUAUACUACUCGGUCUAAGUUGUACUGUAAUAAUAAAUUGCAAUUAAAUA